UGCAGAGGAGUCCGGGGGGAUGAAUCGGGACGCGUUGGCACUGGAGCGAAGGAUUCUCUCAGGUAAUCUACGAGAUCUAUAGCCCGCCGCAGCGAAUGGAGGAGGACGUGGCGGAUUACGAGGUGGAGCUGAGCGAUGGCGACGACGUGGACGACGAUGGCGGCGAGACGGACAUUGACGAGCUGGAGAAGCGGAUAUGGAUGGACAAGCUCCGCCUCAAGCGCGCCAAGGAGCAGCUCAAGGCCAGGGGCGCCGGCGGCGGCAAGGAUCGGGCCAAGCAGAAGCAAUCGCCCGAGCAAGCGCGGCGCAAGAAGAUGGCUCGAGCACAGGAUGGGAUCCUCAAGUACAUGCUCAAGAUGGUGGAGGUUUGCCACGCGCAGGGAUUCGUCUAUGGGAUCGUCCCCGAGAAGGGCAAACCCGUGAGUGGCUCCUCGGAUAAUCUCCGGGCGUGGUGGAAGGACAAGGUGAGAUUCGACAAGAACGCGCCAGUGGCGAUUGGGAAGUUCCAGGCUGAGAACUCCGGCGAAGACAGCGGCAGGGAUUCUUCCAGGAGGAAGAACUGGAGCACGGCUAGGGCAUUGCAGGAGCUCCAGGACACGACGCUGGGAUCGCUCCUCUCGGCUCUAAUGCAGCACUGCGAUCCUCCGCAAAGGAAAUACCCGCUGGAGAAGCUGGUUCCUCCGCCGUGGUGGCCGACUGGGAACGAGGAGUGGUGGUCAGAGAUUGGGUCGCAGGUGAGAGGAGCCAAGGACGUGCCGCCGCCGUAUAAGAAGCCUCACGAUCUCAAGAAGGCCUGGAAGGUUGGAGUGCUGCUGGCGGUGAUCAAGCACUUGUCGCCGGACAUCGCCAAGAUCAGGACGCUGGUGAGGAGCUCCAAGUGCCUCCAGGACAAGAUGACUGCCAAGGAGAGCGCGACUUGGAUCGCGGUGCUAGCUCACGAGGAGUCGCUGGUGGUGUCCUCGUCAACUUCCAACGCCGCCACCACCACCACCACCACCAAGGUCAGCAACGUUUGCAACUCAGGCAGCAGCUCUAGCAAUGACAGAGCUCGAUCACAGCCUGCGGGGACUACUUCCAGCGAUGACGAUCCAGCUCCUCCACCGAGUUCUAAGCAGCCCAAGAACAAGAACAAGUCUAAGCAAGCGAAGAAGGUCGCUAGUGCUAGUGUGACGCCACCGCCGCCACCGCCGCCACCGCCGCCACCGCCGCCACCAGUUCGUCCCGGAAGCUCGGAAGUUAGUGCCAUGGACGAGGAGGAAGAGGAUCCACCACAGCAACGAGUGGAAACCGGACGAAGAUCUCGGGAGAAGAGACCGAUCGCCGAGCCGCGUAUAGAGCCGGAGGAGAGAAGCUUUCGGUGCCGCUACGAGCAGUGCUUCCACCACGAUCUGGGGAACGCAUUCAAGGACUACAACUCGAGGAACAACCACGAAGGAAGCUGCAGCUACAGGCCAGUGGCGGAGGCUGGAAAUGGUUUGAUCCAAUCGGGAGUGGCUCCUUACAACCAGGUGGCGAUGGUGGCGGCGGUAGCGGCGGCUCCUCCAGGCGGUGGUGGCAAGGGACUAUUCCAGCCGACGCCGCCUCUCGUGGUGGAAGCUUGGGGCUAUCCAGCUGCUGCGAUGGGAUCGAACUUUAGCGUGUUCCAGCAGCAGGGCCGCAGCCUGGAUCUAAACGAGCAAGAACAGCGACAAGAUCGUCACCACCACCACCUAGAACAGCCGCAGGAGCAACUAGAUCGUCCUGGAGAGCAGGGAGAUCAAGGCUCAAGGCCCGAAGAAGAGCGCGAUCGCCAUCGUCACGAUCACCACCAUGAGCGGCAGCAAAGUGGAGGAUUGGCGGACCCCUUCUAUCUCAACGAGCUCGCGAUGGAGGAGGAGAGAAACGAUGGGCAGCACCAUGAAUUUGGAGCUCCCGGAGAGGAGGAAGUCCACUCCGACUAUGGAUUCCCAGCUGGAGAAUACGAUCUCGCGCUGGGCAGCCCCGAGCCCAUCAUGGGAGGCUUCGAGUUCCUCGAUUCCAACGAUAUCUGGUACUUUGGAGCUUAGAAGCAUUCAAACUCCAGGAAAGAUUCCUUUGGCAUAUGUUUAUUUUGUUAUAUAGAACUUUAGGGUU